AUCUCCAUGCAGAAGUACAUCAGGGACAUCUCUCUAGCUGCCACCUUCUUCUUUGCUGGAGGUGUGGGAGUAAUUCUAGGCGCCAUGUACUGCAAAAUGGAACUCGGCAACAAUAAAAAACCAAUGAGGAACACGUCCACAGAUGUGUUCACCCCUGGUGAGGGUCGGCUAAAUCAAAGAGCUCCAUGGUGGGGUUUCAGUGAUGACAACAAAGUGCAAAUCCUUUCCAUCGCUAAUCCGGGGAAUGCAGAGGCCAAACCGAUGCAGCUCAAUGAGGAGGAGACAUCAAAAGCCAAGCCCUGGCUCAGAGAAAUGGCGAGACAGGACCUAAAGCAGGCGAGGCCGGAUUACUGUUUCGUGUGCCACAGUUGCGACCGGGACGGCUUGGUCUCAUCUAGCACAGGCGGCCGUGAGAGAGCGGGCAGGAGCGGAGCGAUUGUUGUCCAGAGCGACAGUUGGUUAGCAACUGUGUCUGGCAAACAGAAGAAACUGGCACCGAGGGAGGAGGACAGAGAGCACAUGCCGUGGCUUGUCCUGAAUUCAAAUGAAGAUUGCCCAGGCCAGAGAGACCAGAUCAUAUAUCAAAGGCAAUAUAAUAAUAGUAAUCAUGAUUUCACCAUGAUGCCCACUAUAUUAAAUGCUGAUGCAGAAAUACGUGGAGCCUCAAACCAGAACCUGGUUCACAUGAGCAGCAGGAAUACACCCAAACAGAUCAAUUUCAUACAGAGUAGGGAGCGAUUAAAUGCAUCCAAAGAAUCUUGUGAUAAAUUACCCUACAAUGAAGGUAAAUUACAAAAUAUUCAAGCACUGCCAGACUACCUCACCACCAAGUGUGUACACUGUAGUCAAACCAUUGAGUACUGGCAAGGAAGUAACAGAGAGAGAGGCAAAACCAUGGAGGUGAAAAUAGACCAAACCGUUGACCAGCAGUACAAGAGAGAAGAAAAUACAGAAGACAAAAUCAAUCACAAGCAAGACCCCACAUAUGUGGAUUACAGUGAUCAUCACGUAAGAAAACCUUGCAUUAAACCACCACAAAGGAGAGUCAGCUUUGACCUGAGAGAAUCUGGUGCUCUAAAGAAUGAAUUUCAAAAAGACGCAAAAAUUCAGAAUACGAAAAAGUCAGACAAUCUAAAAUCAACACAAAAGCUGAGCUCAAAAACUUCAAAUGAAAAUAAAGGGAGAAAAAAACUCAAUGUUCGUUCAAAUAGCUUACUGAAAGUCAAGAUCAACCUUAACCCAUUUAGAAAAAGCAGAAUACAUGCUCAGAAAAACCUGAACAAAGAGAAGAAUAAAAAAGCAGCCAGCAAAAUGGCAAAACGAGCUAAGCUCAGUGUUUCAGCAGAGCAGGGUGACGGAAAUCGGUCAGAAACCAGAGAUACUGACACACAGAAACCAGAAAAACGAAGCAAGAAACAACACAAGAAAAGCCUUCAAAAUAAGCUCAGCCAAUCAACUGACAGCACUAAAACGUCUGGGUCUCAAAGGAUAAAUACUAAGAACAACAAAGAAGGCCACCCCCAAUCAAUGAAUGAUGAUGCAAAUUUAGAGGAGGCAAGCCUUGUGACAUCAACAGAAGAUGAAGAAUUACGGAAACAUCAAUUGGGAAAUGAACAAGCAAAAGAAGCAAGCUCUAUUUUGCUUCAUAGCCUCCAGGAUAGCUUGGAAACCACAGCAACCAAACCUCAAAGCAGCCAAACUAUUGGACAUCCGCAAACAGACACUACAGAUCCUGUAUCUCCAGAGAUGACAGGAACUUCUGUACACCCACUGACUUCACACUCACCAUCAGCAGUGGAUGUUCUUAACCCUGAAAUUCCGAAUGACUCAAGAACUGCAGAGAAUGUACCGGAUGGACAUGACCUAUCCAACAGACCCAGCACGACUGCAGUCCCCUCUGCUCCCUCUCUAAUCCUAGAAUGCCUGCCUUCAGCAGAGGGGUCUCCAAAAAGGAAAAUUCGACUCAUUAUUCCUGAGAGGACAAGUAGCAGAUCACAGACUCCAUUAGACAAAAAGAUCCGAUAGGUGUUCCAAAACAAGUCACAGUGAAAUACACCACUACUCCCUUCACGAAAAUAAAAAAUAAAAUAAAUUUAAAAAGCAAUGUACAGGCUGGGGCUGCUGGGUGGCUUAUGCAGUUUAAGCACUUUUCCAGUAUGCGGAUAGCCCCUUGGUCUGGAUUGCCAACUGGGGCUGUUAGCUUCACACAGCAUUACGUAAUUGACCAUGGAGUUGCCUGGGGAGAGAAAGUUUUAAGAGAGAACUUCGCAAAACUAGUAUCCUCCGAUCAGUUAUGCAUGCACAGUUUUCUUGCACAAGCUCUGUAUGAAAGGGUUUUUCACUGAUUCAGUGUCAUUAAGGUGAACAUGGAUGCACCAAUGGCAUCUAUAAACAUAAUCUGAGACAGAGAGCAGCAGUGUCCACUUGGUUCAGAGCACAAACAUCAGACAUAAUAUUUGUUUAGAGCAACAAGAAUUUUUUUCAUACAGCCUGUAACUGCCACUGUGUAGGAAUUGACCACUGACCGUGGGGCACAUCCACACACUAGAACAGUGUUCUAAGGAUGAUUCACCCAGCAUCCCUGGUCAUGAUUGCUUAAUGACAAAUAUGACAGAAGUGUGGGAAAUCCCCGUGUGUUUAAUAGGCAUUCAAAGGGCACUCACCUCUGGGCAUACAUUCCAGCCCCUCAUUAGCAGAGAGGAGAUAGGCUUGGGGAUCGAGUAGCCAAUGGGAGGUCUGACGUGGUGGUAGGCCAUGUCUGCUGCUGCAGCAGCUACAUUGGAAGAGAGGAAAAUUUGCACAACAAAUUUACAGUGUAGUCUCCAUGAACUCUUGAACUUACACUGUAUAUCACUUGUUUUAUUGUUUGGUGACUAGGCAACUACCAGCCUUCCUGGGGUCAUAAAAAACCAUUCAUCACAACAAUAAAAAUGUGAAAUCCAGAGUUUUUCCAUGAUAACACAAAAUAGUGCAAAACAAACUCUAAACUGCAAGCGUGUAUGAACUCGUUUAACUGUUUGGGGGGGGCCAUACCAGGUUUGAGAUGGGCGAAUGGGAUCUCUCCAGUCAGCAGCUCCCACAGACAAAGAGCGUAGCUGAACAUGUCGGCCUUGACAGUAUAGCGUGUACACUGGGUGAACACCUCUGGGGCCAUCCAGCGCAAGUUCUGCUUAGCAACAACAUGAACACAAUCACCAACACAGGAACAGAGGACAUUUCCCAGGGCCCCCGACCUGCUCAUUACCUUAAAGUAAUGAUAUAUUAAUGCAGUCCCCACGAUUAUGUAAGUAUUCCAGGGUACACGAAGCUUGUUUACUUAUUUUGAAAAAUCUGCUACCAUCCACAUAUCUAGUACAUCCUUGUACGGUUUCUAACCAGUCAUUUGUUUUGUUUUUUUUUUCCAGGAGAUAAUUAAAUCAUGCUGA